AUGGCGCUGUCCUGCUCGAGCCUGUGCAGCCGUCUGUCUUUGAUUCGGCUCUGUGGUCUCAGGGCCAACAUCAUAACCAAUGGCCUUUAUUCUCCCAGUGUGUCCCCACAGUCCAGGUUGUCCCUGUGUAGAUACUACUCGACGUCUAAAGUUAGGCGAGGUAUCGGUCGAUACGUCUCCUCCAGGCUCCAGUUGGCAAAUGUCAAAUAUGAAAGUUUCCUCAAAAGAAGAUUUCCCCGCUUUUAUAAGCUCUACCACACUUUUAUUCAAGGAUUCAAGUUACUUUUCCAAGACGCUAAAGAUGUGAGCCGGAUAAAAGUAAAGAUGGGCAGUCAAAAUCUGCAGGUCCAGGAUUUACCGUACAGGGAGAUGGAGAAACUCAGACAGUUUCGCAGAGACGUGAUUAAGGCCAUUCCUCUGGUGAUGAUCUCAAUCCCGCCUUUUGCCAACUAUCUGGUUUUUGUCUUGAUGUACUUCUUCCCCCGUCAGCUGCUCAUCCCUCACUUCUGGACUCCCAAGCAGCAGGUGGAGUUUCGGGGCAUUUAUCAUUCCCUCAGGGCACAGCACCACCGGCCAGUGCUCGAAGGGCUCGAGUAUGUCAGCGGCCAUGUCAAAGACGGUCAGCUGCAGAGUCGCCUUAAGGGCCUAUGCGCUAAGGUGCAAAAUGGAGGAAGCCCUCAAGUGUCUGAAAUCCUCGCUGUCCGACGGCUGUUUUCUGGACCUCCUCUGGGCAUGAAGAGGAUGAGAGUGGAUCAAAUGAGACACAUCAGCCCCCUGCUCUUCCUCACGCCUCGCCUCCCGGGCUUCCUGAUUGGCCAGCGGCUGAACAGACACGCCCUGGAACUGCUCCAGCUGGACCGCGCCCUCAGCCGGCUGGGCGCUAACCAGCUGAAUGACUCCGAACUCAGACAUGCUUGCUUCUUUAGAGGGCUGAACUCUGAUAGUCUGAGCACUAACGAAUGCCGCGAGUGGUUAUCUCAGUGGCUUCAGAUGUCCUCCUCUUUGAAAGACUCAGAGUUGUCGCUGCUCCUGCACAGCAUUGUAUUUCUCUCAGCCAACAGCCCGACCGGCUCCGACCGCCACUGACAGGAAGCCUGAGGCAAUCUGCUGUUUUGCGAUUACGCUCUAUUUCGUGCACAACUGCGCGGCACAACUUCCUAUAAGUUGUCAACAUCUCCUUUCUCGCCAAGGAAAAGACAAAAAAAAAAAAACAUUUUACAGCCGUUCUUGGCACGAUUUUCAGGUUUAGGGAAGAAGAAGAAAGAAGAAAAAAAAAGUCUAAAACUUAAAAGCAGGUCUGCAGUAAAGAAAAAGAUCUCAUCGUAGGAGAGAUUCUCCUUUUGCCAAUUAAAUCUGUUGUUAGUUGUGAUAAACCCCACUAAUAUGAAGUGUCUGAUACCACUGAUAACACUCUAAGUUAACAAGAUAUCAUUUACAGAUAUAAAAAAGGUGAACCGUGUCUUAAUUAGGUCGUUAGAACUCCAUACAUUAGGUUAAAACAUUGUAAGAAGAUAAUAUUAAUAAUUAUAAAUCUUGAGUAGUGUAGUUCCCGUACUUGACAGCACGUGAAGUACUUAAACUGUGAUGAACUGGACAAAUAUUUAGUGGUGACGUUAAGGUAAUGUCAUUAAUUGCCCGUCGCUGUAUCUCGAGCUCGUUACCACUUACAGGUGCACGCUUGAUCUUGUUUACUUCAGAGCGAACACACACAUUACGUUUCACAGCUACAGAAACAAGCAGUGAAACAAAGAGGACAUCCUUAAAGUUCAGCAGUAGUUCGUAGUCAGUUCAUUUUUUUUUUUUGCGUGUGGAAUGACGCAAUCGUUCGGACACAUUCCAUUCAAGAAAAAAUACAGAUUUAAAAAACAAGAAAAAAAGUCUUUUUUACGUUUUAACGUUCUCAUCAAACACUGUACUGUAUUUUCUCAUACUUUUACCUCACUUUGUACUCUGCGCUUUUUUUUUUCUUUUCCUGACCAUCAACAUGCAGAAAGUUGUAAGCUAACAUGUGAAGGAGAAAUUUAUUGGGUGGCAGUCUAUAGAAGGAUUUUGUAAAAAUGCUGGUCGUGAUUGAAAACAAUUAUUAGUGAAGGCACCUUUUUUUAGAAAGUAAAAGAAAAAUGAUGGAUCUAAAUAGAUUGAGAGAAGAAGAAAAAAAGAAACCAUUGAUUACUCAAUUGCAAAAGACAUUCAUUGUUAUGUAUGUGGCAAGAAGCUGAACUUCCUUUUAUGGAUGAAUUUAAUCCUCAUAAACCUGUUUGGGGUGCGGCCCAGCAGCUCCGAGCUGUCUGAAGAGAGUUGUGAUGGCACUUUAUGUUUUGUUGUAUUUGUUUACUUGAUGUUUUUCUUGCUUUGGGAGCUUAAAAAAAAGAAAAAUGGAUUUAUCCCCCCCCCCGGUCAGUCCGCACUUAAGCACUAAAUUUCAUUGAAGCUUUUUUGCCUGCUGCAGGGUGACGGCUCAAAGAGGAACUGCACAUCCUACGUGCUGCUUUUUGUGUUGUACAAAAAAGGAAAUGUCAUAUGCUUCCUGUGCCUUUUGCAAGGACAGGCACGUUAUAUUUAAAUAUGAGUUGCAAACUUAUAUUCUGUUUGGUUUUUCUUUUCUUUUUUAAAAUACUUUUUGCUCGCUUACAAGCUU